AUGACAGAACACAACGCGGCCCAAGACGACCUCAGCGUCAAGACGCUCUUCUCUUUCAACGACCAAGUCGUGCUCGUUACAGGCGGCGCGACGGGCCUCGGCGAAAUGGCUGCGCAGGCUUUUGUGCAGAAUGGUGCGCAUGUGCUGAUUGCGAGUCGCAAGGAGAGCGAGUUGAAGAAAACCAGCGAGAGGUUGGGGAAAUUGGGUCCUGGGAAGUGUGAAUACAUUGUAGCAGACCUCAAAGACAAAAAGGGCUGUCUCGACCUCUGCGAGCAGGUAAAGUCCCGCGUCGACCGCCUCACGGUGCUCAUCAACAACACGGGAGCGACAUGGGGCGCCGAUUACUACGACUUCCCGGAAAGCGGCUGGGAUAAGCUCAUGUCGCUCAAUGUGAAGAGUAUCUUUUAUACGACGGUUGGGUUGGAGCCUUUGCUUCUCAAGGGGGCUUCGCCGGAUACGCCUUCGAGGGUUAUCAAUAUUGCUAGUAUGGCUGGCAUCACGACCGUUGACGUAACGACCGGUGAGGGAGGAGGUCUCUCAACACCCGGCACAGGAACGUUUUCUUACGGCCCCUCGAAAGCCGCCUGCAUCCACCUAACCAAAAUGCAAGCCUCCAAGCUAGCACCCAAAAACAUCACCGUCAACGUAAUCUGCCCGGGAGUCUUCCCCUCGCGCAUGACGAGCUACGGCCUCUCUACGUUCAAGGACGCGCUGGUAGCUGGGCAGCCCACGGGCAGGAUCGGGAAACCCAGUGAUUUUGGAGGACUGGUGCUGUUCUUGGGGAGCAAGGGGUCCGCGCACAUCACGGGGAAUGCGAUUGAGAUUGAUGGAGGGGCUACGUUGAGUGGGUGGGCUGCGAGGAGUAAGAUGUAG